CACACAAUCUUUAUAAAAACAAAACAAACUCUUUUUUAAGCCCAUUUUUUUUUCCAUGGCUCACAAAAUUCACCACUUUCCUUUAAUCUUAGCUUCGUACUCUCUCUGCUCACUGCCGAUUCUCCGUUUCGCCGUCGCAAAUUCGUCUGAUUUGCAGCAUUAUUUAGAUUAAACUAGAACAUAUUGACAUUAUGGAAGAAACUGUUGAUGAAGCUAUUGGUGAUGAGGUGAAUGGACUGGAUGCCUUUGAUGGUAGACAACUUCGAAGUAAGGAGAAUGACUAUACUUUGAGGUCCGGAAACUCCAAUAUGCUGCAAUCACAUGAAGUGGUCACACUUAGUGAAGGUGAUCAUUACCAGAGUACUCACAAUUUGUUUACAGAUAUCCUCGAUGGUAAGAAUCUGGACAGAAUUGGAUCUUCUGAACAUGCAAGUGCUAGUCCUCGUUGUAUGAAUGAUGCUGGGGUCAUGGUUGAAGAAUUGACACUGAGAAACUACAAUGGGAAAAACUUGGCUAUAGUUGAUACCUUGGGCAAUAAAGAAAUAAUGCAGGUUAGGCCAAACCAGUGGUUUUAUCAGCUAGCAGGUGGAUCUGCAUGCGGAAGCUCACAUGGGGAAGAUGGAGACACAUUAUUUACCGGACUUGUGAAUCAGAAUCAGAAAAAAAUAAAUGAAAAUCGUAAUCUAGACGGAGAAAAUUUGCAGAAUAAUGGUGAUAAAGCUGUUUCGAACAAUUUAUUACCCUCUUCUGAGGGUAUCCGGACGAAGAUUUUUUCCAAGUCGGGGUUUUCUGAAUAUAUUGUGAAAAGCACAUUAAAAGGCAAAGGAAUCAUAUGCAAAAAGCAGUUACCCCAUGUAUCUGCUAGUGAGUCUCAAGGCCAGAUGUAUCCGCAGUGUCCUAAUGCUUCUUCCACCAUCGUUUCACCUUUUCAAGGUAUCCCCAAAAUGGGCUGCAGUGUUAAUCCCAAUGUCUAUCAAGAUGGGAUCAGUUUAAGAGAACGGCUGAAAGCUGGGGGAAAUAAAUUGAACAAAGCUGAAGGCUUGUAUAUUUUCAAACAAGUUCUGGAUUUGGUGGAUUUUGCUCACUCACAAGGAAUUAUCUUGCAAGACUUGCGUCCAUCUUGCUUUAAAUUGUUGCGCUCAAACCAAGUUGUAUAUAUUGGAGCAUCUGUACGCACGCAGUCCACUGAAAAUGUGAUUGAUCGAGGUGUUCCUCAGGUGGAGCAUAGUCAGAAAGAGAGAAGUUCAUCUGGAAAAAGCAUUUCUUCCUCGAUCGAUCCUUGUGUGAAGAAGCAAAAACUUAGUGAAGACACGCACCUUAAUAGGAGGUGGUCUCAAUAUCCCUUCAUGUCAGGCCAUAAAUCUGCUUGCACAAACACUAAGUUAAAUGCUGCACAAGGCUAUGGAGAUGAGUCAAAUGCAGAGGAUUGCCUCAAGACAGAACUUAACUCGAACAAUUUUAUAUUGCCUCAACUGUCCAUUAUGUCAAAACCAUUGCUGACUUCCAUGAGCUUUAAUUUGGAGAAGAAGUGGUAUACCAGUCCUGAGCAGUUCAGUGAGGGUGGCUGCACAUUUUCAUCAAACAUCUACUGCCUGGGGGUUCUUCUCUUUGAGUUGCUUAGCUCAUUUGACUGUGAAAGGUCUCAUGCAGCUGCAAUGCUUGAUCUUCGCCAUAGGAUUCUUCCCUCUUGUUUCUUGUCAGAGCAUCCCAAAGAAGCUGGAUUUUGUCUUUGGCUGCUUCAUCCAGAACCUUCAGCACGUCCAACAACAAGGGAAAUUUUACAGUCUGAAGUUAUUGGUGGUAUUAAAGAAUUACGUGGAGAUUUAUCACUGUCGUCUAUUCACGAAGAGGAAUCUGAGUCACAACUGUUGUUGUACUUCCUCAUGUCACUGCAAGAUCAAAAGCAGAAGGAUGCCUCAAAGCUAGUGGAAGAACUCAAAUGUAUAGAAGCAGAUGUCCAAGAGGUUCAGAGACGCCAAAGCAGCAACGGCCGGUGUUCUUCCUCACACCGGGAAUCUCUUGUUUUGUGGGAGAACAGGUUUAUUCAGAAAGGAGUAUCAAGUUCAGAUGCGUAUCCGAAGCUUCCACCUGUAUGUGAGAGUGAAACUAGAUUGAUCAAGAAUAUCAGGCAGCUUGAGAGGGCUUACUUCUAUACGCGAUCCAAUAUUCAGCCUUCUGAUGAUGUUGCCAUGGUCCGUAGAACUGAAGAAAUCUUUAAUAAUCAGGAGAACUUUGUCUCGACAGGAAAUGAUAAUGAGAAGUAUAGACCCACAGAUCAGGUUGGGGUUUUUUUUGAUGGCUUAUGCAAGUAUGCUCGGUAUAGCAAGUUCAGAGUAAGGGGAAUAUUAAGAAAUACAGAUCUGAAUAAUUCUGCAAAUGUCAUUUGUUCUCUAAGCUUUGACAGGGAUGAGGAAUAUUUAGCUGCUGGUGGGGUGUCGAAGAAAAUUAAAGUAUUUGAGUAUCAUGCCCUCUUUAAUGAUUCUGUCGACAUUCAUUACCCAGUUAUCGAGAUGUCAAACAAAUCUAAGCUCAGCUGCAUUUGCUGGAACAGUUAUAUCAGGAACUAUCUGGCUACCACUGACUAUGAUGGUGCGGUUAAGAAGAACAGCGUGUGCACGAUCAGAAACAAAGCAAAUGUUUGCUGUGUUCAGUUUUCACCUGACUCCAGUCAUUUUCUGGCUUAUAGCUCUGCCGAUUACAAGACUUAUUGCUAUGAUCUUCGAAAUACCUCAGCUCCUUGGUGUGUAUUGGCUGGCCAUGAGAAAGCUGUUAGUUAUGCAAAAUUUUUGGAUGCUGAAACGCUCAUUUCUGCAUCCACUGACAACAGCCUGAAGAUAUGGGAUCUCAAUAAAACCAACUCAAGUGGCUAUUCAGCCGAUGCUUGUGUCUUAACCCUUAAAGGGCACACCAACGAGAAGAACUUUGUGGGGAUGUCUGUGAACGAAGGAUACAUAACUUGCGGGUCAGAAACAAAUGAGGUCUUCUCUUAUUACAAAUCUCUGCCUAUGCCUAUUACUUCUCACAAGUUUGGCUCUAUUGAUCCAAUCUCUGGUAAAGAGACUGAUGACGACAAUGGGCAGUUUGUUUCAAGUGUUUGUUGGAGACGGAAGUCAAACACGGUUCUUGCUGCCAAUUCCAGUGGCUGCAUAAAACUACUAGAGAUGGUUUAGAUGUGGACCAGGUGAAAAAUUGCAGCCUUCAAUUGCUCCUUCCUCCUCAAAUGUCCUGGGAAUCUUUGUGUGGAUCAUGCUGAAAUGCAGCUGUAUGAUUCCUUGAGAAAUUCUGGGAUAUCUUCUCUAAAAGUAUUAAGGUUAAACUCAGGGAAGGCACCCAAGCCUGCUCAAUCUGUCUUGACAAUUGUGGGGUUGUAAGAUCCAAAAGUUUAGGAAGCUGAACAGAAACCAGUAGUAUGGUGGAAGGAGUUUGCUGGAAAGGCAGUGAACGCUGAAAUUACUCGCUUAGGCCCAAUGUAAUGUAGCGUUCCCAAAGAUGCAAUGCAAGCGUCUGAUAGGUGGAGACGAGCCAUUUUGCCACCUUAUUGACUGAAUCUUGAAAUAUCCCUCAGAAUCGAUGCAAGCACAGUAGUGAUAUCCUCCAUAUUUUAGAAGGCGCAGGGUGUAGCUGAGUGCUCUGUCCAUCAUAUGAAAUUGCAGUCAAGAUAAAUUUUGUUGGUGUGUGUGAUGUUCCUUUGUACAUCCAGAUAGAUACGACCAUUGUAAAAUCAUGUCUUACAGGAGCAGUUUAGUUGAUGAUGAGUUGGUUGUACAUGUCAUAAUUUCCUUCUUACAUAAGCAUUAUAUAGGAAAUUUGUACAUCGACUGUCAGAUGAAUUUUAAUACUUUCGGCAUUUCUUUGUGCCAUAUUGUGGUACAGAUGACAAAAUUUUACUGUUUUGAUCUC